AUUCAGUAGGCCAUUACACAUGUCCACUCAACUCUCACUGCGAGGGACAGAGGAUGAUUUAAACAGUGUUUGGGCUAACUCACUGGAAUGGUUUCUACUGACCGCAUACUUACAGUGUGUGCAACUUAGUGUCAGCUGUGGAAAAAGACCCACCGUCAUCUGCAGUGACUGGCUGACUGCAAAUGUCACAGAAGCACGUGCCUUCUCCUGGCACCGGCUUCCGCCUCUCCUUCAUGCUGGCAGUGUCAUACUGGGUUGACACCGAGCUUCCAAGUCCAACCUUCCCAAGAAGAGCCUUGUGCUUCAGCCCGGGCUUCUUCCUGUUGGACUGCCAGGGCUGCCCUCCACUUCCUCCCUUUCCUCACAGUGAUCCCUGCACUUGGCUCCUGUUACUGAUGUUGUUGUCACUGUGAAGUUGUCCAUGAAGGCUCUGAUGGAUGGUUGCCUUAAUACAGACUUGCUGAGAUGGCCCUGGCGCUGUUUCUGCUGAUUUCCAGCAUGAUCAUCAACACAACCCAAAGAGGGUCACCAAGAUGGGGCGCCCCUUGAUACCAGUCAAAUGUCAGCAGGCCAGAGGAGACCCUGAAGCUGAGCUUGCUAUUAUAGUCCAGGAUUAGUUCUUUCACCUUCUGGGGUACAUGGUGUCUCCAGUUUUUCGAUAUACAUUUUAGAUAUUACUCCGUAUUUAUUUAGACCAUAUACAUAGGAAUACAUUUCUCUAACAUCCUCCACAUGCCUUUCCUCUUCAUCCCAUCCUCACCACUCCCUAUAUUCAAUUAUAACUAAACUAUUUGUCUGUCUGUAACAGUGUGUCAAGUUUGAUUCCAACAGCAUUGUAAAGCCAAAAACACCAAGUAAAAUGAUUAUCUUCUUUAGUUCUGUAUCUCCACUGUGACAAAUGAAAUGAUAAGAAACCACAGAUACACCACAGGUUUUGAUUCCAUGAAAUAAACUCAACUCAAAUACUCGACUCAAAUAAAAUAAAAUGUAUAAAUGUAUAAAAUAUUACAUUAAGAAACAAUAGCCAGAAUCACCCUUUACCCUUUGUAAACCACUCCCACCUUACAAUACGUUAGUGUGAAAGGGGCUUGGCCAAAAGUGUUCAAAGACUAUAUAAGAGAGGUGACAUCAAGGUGGAGCAUCAUACAGGUGAGCACAUUCUCAUGUCUCCACCCUCUACUGCCCGAGGAUACUACUUCACUGCACCAGACACAGGAGUACACCUCUGACUCAACAAGAUUGUCCUUUAAGUAUGUUGGCAGAAAUGGAGACGAUGGCCUAUGUGACUGAGAUCAGGCUGAGUGGAGGUCGGGGGGCCUGGAGCGGAGCAGCUCCCUCCUCCUGCCCUGAGGUGGACCUGGAGGUCAUCGAGGAGUACCUGCAGGAGCAUUCGCUGGAGGUCCAGCCUGCACACACACCUGCAUCACCUCCCGGCACCAUGGGGCAACAAACGCACACGCACUCCCACCAGGGAACCAGGAUCAUAGAGAAUAGCUGGUCAGGUCAGCAUGCAUAUGAGUGGCACUGUGGCUCUCACACUCCAAAUGAGGAAUACGAGGAACAAGCCCCACCUCCAGUCUGGCCUAGUCCCCAUGACAACCAGUGGGACCACAUUACGUAUGCCUAUGAGGCACCUGCAUACAUUGACUCAGACUCCCAAUCCAGUAGCUCCCAGUAUCAGGAAUACCAAGAUUCACCAUCACCAUCUUCUGACAGGGGAGGCAGGAAGGACAGAGACUCCCUGCCUCUGGCCCCAUUGUCAGCAGGAAAGAGGAAGGAACGGUUGUUCCAGUUCCUGUUCGAGAUGCUCCAGACGCCAUCGAUGCGAAGUUGCAUCUGGUGGGUCCAGUCCUCCUCUGGCACCUUUCAGUUCUCCUCCCAAAACAAGGAGCGCCUGGCGCAGCUGUGGGGCCGACGAAAGGGGAAUCGCAAGACCAUGACCUACCAGAAGAUGGCACGGGCGCUGAGGAACUACUCCCGCACCGGCGAGAUUCAGAAGGUGAAGAGGAAGCUCACGUAUCGAUUUGACGAGAAGACACUGAGAGGCCUACAAGGAGACUCUAAUACAGUGUAGGAAGCAUGAUGAAGAGUGUCCUUUCUGCUGAUUUUAAUUCUAUGUCAUGCAGAAACAACUGAAUACUGAGUAUUUGAAAAACAUGAAGAUGGAACACGGUCGGUCAGAGCGUUUGUAUAGAUACAGAACCAUAUUGGAUUUACUAUGAGGGGCGAACCAGAAAUGAUGAUAUUGACAGGAGAAUGCAAGCUUUAGAAAAUGGUGAUGUGAAAAGUCAGCUGGCAUUAAAAAUUAAGUAAAUCUAAAAGGUUGUUACAUUAUAUCUACUUUAUAAGUAGAACUUAAAUCUUACUUUCUUAAAAUAAAAGUUGUGGAUUUUCUCAUUUUAGAAACUUCUUCACAAAAUUAGGUUGUGUAAACAUGAUGUGUGUGUCUUUUAGGUAAAAUAAAUCUGAAAAUAUUUUCAGAAUAUCUGAUACAUUUUAACCUCUUGUUCAUCUGUCUGGCUGUCUGUAUGUCUAUCUAUUUAUCUACCCGUCUGUCUACCUAUAUGAUACAAAUACAUACUGUGUAGUGCAUAUCAGCUGAGCAAAUACAGAUGUGCUUAUAAACUGAAGCAAGCACACACACAAGCACACACACACACACACCCAUAGCCAAAAUUGUAUGCAAAGUAAGCAUGCACUGAAAAACCGCCACUAAACACAGACCUGUUAAUCAGUAACAUCUAAAAAGUCCCCUCACACACGAGAACACAAACUGAACACACGAGAUGCUGAGUUUUACUUUCUUUUGUGAAAUUGCCAAAGUAAAUCAAUGUAAUUUUCAUAGUCAAAUGAUGGGGUCAUACACAUAUGUGCUUACAACCAAAUGACGCAGGGGCAAUGGACUGUCAUUCCUGACUAUGCAGGACAUAAUUCAACGCCGAAGUUUUAUUCAGUUAACUGUCUCUAACUUGUCCUUGUAUAUUUGCAGUAAUGAGUAGUGGAAUGUAACUAUGUACGUUUACUCGAGUACUAAGCUUAGAUACAAUUCCGAUGUAGUUGCACUUUACUCAUAGUUUAGUGUUUCUGUAUCAUGCAUUUCGUUUUUCAACUGCUGUAGAAACUAGUUACCCUGAAGAUUAAGAUUUUGGCAAUGAC